AUGGCAUCUAACGAAACCACGCGCCUACUGCGCGAGCCCGUCGAGGACGCAGAAAAUGUCGUCGACUGGGACGGCCCCGACGACCCCGAGAACCCUGCAAACUGGUCUUCUAACAAGAUAUGGGGCCACGUCACCAUCGUCUCCCUCCUGACGUUCCUAGUCCCCCUCGGCGCAACAAUGUUCGCGCCGGCCAUCCAGCAGGUGAUGAGCGACUUCGAGUCGACGAACGGCGUCGUCUCCUCCUUAAUCGUCUCCAUCUACGUGCUGGGCUGGGGGCUCGGCCCGCUCGUCGUCGCGCCGCUGUCUGAGGUCCAGGGCCGGCUCGUAGUGUACACAGGGAGCAACGUGCUGUACGUCGUGUUCACGGCGGCGUGCGCGCUAGCGCCGAACCUAGGGUCGCUAGUCGUCUUUCGCUUCCUCGCCGGCACGAUGGGGUCGACGCCGCUGACGAUUGGCGGCGGCACGAUCUCGGAUCUCGUCCCGAUCCAGCAGAGGGGCCUCGCGCUGUCGCUGUACAUGUUUGGCCCGAUCCUGGGGCCGUCGGUGGGACCGCUGCUCGGUGGGUUUUUGACGGAGAGUCUGGGGUGGAGGUGGAUUUUCUGGGUUCUCGUGGUUGUGUACGGCGCCAUGACCAUAGCUCAAAUCGCAUUCAUGCGCGAAACCUUCCCGGCCACGAUCCUCCAAGCCAAGACCGCGCGUCUGCAGCGCGAAACGGGCUCCCAAUCCCUCCGCUCCAAACUCGACACCGGCCUCUCCACCCAGCAAAUCCUCACCCGCGCCAUCAUCCGCCCAGCCAAGAUGACCGUCCUCUCCACCAUCAACCUUGUCCUGUCGCUGGCCUCCGCGUACGUCAACGGCGUCGUCUUCCUCCUGCUCACCUCCGCGCCCGUCAUGUUCCAGACCGAGUACGGGUUCUCCGCGCGCAAAGUCGGGCUCGCCUUCGUCGGCUUCGGGCUCGGCAACGUCGCCGGCCUCGCGGCCUUCAGCGCAACCUCCGACCGCUUCAUCCGCAGGCGCGCCGCGGAGAAUCGCCUCAAGCCAGAGCACCGCCUCGGACCGGCGCUGGUCGGCGCGCCGCUGCUGGCCGUGGGACUCCUGUGGUACGGGUGGAGCGCGCAGGCGCAUGCGCACUGGGCGCUCCCGAUUGCGGGCACGGCGUUGAUUGGCGCCGGCAAUGUCCUGUUCAACACGGCCAUCAUCGGGUACUUGAUCGAUGCGUUCACGGUCUAUGCGGCGAGCGCGAUCGCGGCGAACACGGUUAUUAGGAGUGUGGGGGGCACGCUGUUGCCGCUGGUGGGACGGAACUUGUUCGCGGCUCUCGGCUGGGGAUGGGGAAAUUCGUUGUUGGCGCUUCUGGCGGGGGUGUGCGGGUUGGCGCUGGUCUAUCUGUAUGUGUAUGGUGCGGCUAUGCGGUCGAAGCAUCCCAUAAGGUUUUAA